GCGCCUGAGAUCCCUUUUCGGGUCUCUCCCUGUCUCUGCAGCCCUCCCUGGAUCUUUCCUCCAGCCCUUCGACAUGGCCUCCUCUGCGACCUCUUGCCCAAUCUUUCUGGAAGGAGAGGACUGCAUGCCUUCCUGGGGAGAGGCGGCCGCCCGCUACGAUUCCACAGACACCCACCUGGAGAUCCUGGGGAAACCUGUGAUGGAGCGCUGGGAGACCCCCUACAUGCAUUCUCUCGCCACCGUGGCUGCCUCCAAAGGGGGCCGCGUGCUGGAGGUGGGCUUUGGCAUGGCCAUUGCGGCCACCAAAAUCGAGGAGUUUGACAUUGAGGAGCACUGGAUCAUCGAGUGCAAUGAGGGGGUGUUCCAGCGGCUUUUGAAGUGGGCCAAGACGCAGCCACACAAGGUCGUCCCAUUGAAGGGGCUCUGGGAGGAUGUCGUCCCGACGCUGCCCAGUGGGCAUUUCAGUGGAAUCCUCUACGACACCUACCCACUCUCGGCAGACGUGUGGCACACACACCAGUUCGGCUUCAUCAAGGGUCAUGCACAUCGCCUCCUGAAGCCAGGUGGAGUGCUCACCUACUGCAACUUGACGUCCUGGGGCGAGCUGCUGCGGAGCAAAUACUCCGACAUCGAGAGGAUGUUCCAGGAGACGCAGGUUCCGCACCUGGUGGAAGCCGGCUUUGAGAAGCAGAACAUCCGUACCUCCGUCAUGGACUUGGUCCCGCCGCCCGACUGCCGAUACUAUUCCUUCCCGAAGAUGAUCACGCCGACACUCAUCAAGUAACCGGCAGCCUCCGUCCCCAGAGCUGAAGGAAGCCCCGUGCUGGCCCGAAAAGCCCCCCACCCUGCAAAUGGGCUUGGCAGAACGGGAGUGAGGGUCGUGUGGGGAGGGAGGGAGCUCUCUCUCCGGCAUUGGAGAUGGGGAAGCUGAGCACUGAGCGGCGACCUGGGGGAAGGACAGAGCUGCAGUUGAUUGAAGAAUGUUUCUUGUACCA